AUGAACAACCCCAUCAUAGCCUUAGGCCUAUUAUUGUUAAUAAUUAACAAGGUAUCAUGCAAAGAAACCAUUAAAUGUGUAAAUUCCAUGAACUACAAUGCUCAUUUUUCUGAGGAUGUUACUUCGGAUGACAGUGGUAACGAAGACAGCCCCUUUAUAGAAUGUGACAGCUAUUGCUACACAUUCUGGACUGAAGAUGCCACAAACGGCACUGUUAUUAUGAGACAAGGCUGCUGGCACGCGUCAGGCAAACCUAACGAAUGCGACCCAGGGGACUGUAAGGCCGAUAAAGAGCCUCCCAAGGCGAUGGAAGCGGCGAAGUUCUGCUGCUGCUCGAGCCCGAUGUGCAACGAGAACUUCACGGACGCCUACGUGCCUCUGAACGAGACGGCAGCGCCCCCUGCCGUCUACGAGCCGAGCGAAUUAGUCGUAUUCGCGGGCGUGUGCCUGGGUGUGGCCGCCGUGUUCUUCUUGCCCUACGUCCUGUACUACGUCAUCUACAGGUGUCCCUUGUAUCGGAAGAAGUCGAAGGAGUUCGACGUGGAGGAGAGCGAUUCGAUCGAGACGGUCACCACUACCAUCAGUUUGCGAAACAUGAUGCUGGAGGAGGUCAUAGGCCAGGGCCGCUACGGCUGCGUGUGGCGGGGCGUCAUCGACGGUAAACAGUUGGCGGUGAAAGUGUUCCAGUCCCACCACCGGCACUACUACCUCAACGAGAACGAAAUGUACCGGGUGGCGGGCGAGUGCAGCGCCCUCCUGAACUGCCUCGGCAGCGGCGAGUACCAAGUGACGCCUGGCGGGCCAACCGACCACUUGUUGCUGCUCAGCCUCGAGCAGGAGUGCCUGCAGGAGUACCUCAAGGUUCACACCUUGGACGUCCCCGUUUUAACCAAGAUGAGUUUGGGCGUGGCCAAAGGUUUAUCUCACUUGCAUUGCGAUCUAGGCAAACCGUGCAUAGUUCAUAGGGAUCUGAACACGAAAAACGUGCUGGUCAGGUCGGACUUAUCGUGCGUGAUAAGCGACUUGGGUUUGGCUUUGAUACCCAGAAGGUCGGAAAAUAGGGCUUUCAGUGAAGCUGGAACUUUGCGAUACAUGGCUCCAGAAGUAUUAGAAGGCGCCGUCAACUUGAGGGACUGCGAAAGCGCCUUGAAGCAGAUCGACGUGUACGCGCUGGGCUUGGUGCUUUGGGAGCUGGGCUCCAGGUGUUCGGACAUGCAGAACGCCGAGCCGCACCCGUACGCGCCGCCUUUCGCCAAAGAGGCGGGCGAGAACCCGUCGCUCGAGCAGAUGCAGACGCUGGUGAGCCGAAGGAAAGCGCGACCGUUGUGGCCGGCGUCGUGGAAAAAUACCGCCGCAGCCAGGUUGCUCUGCGAGACGUCCGAAGAUUGCUGGGAUCAAGAUGCUGAAGCCCGCCUUACAGCACUAUGCGUGGCGGAAAGACUCUUGGAACUGCCCCACCUGAAAGGGAGGAUUUUGCACCCAAUGCACCCCCCCGCAAGCCCUACACCUUUAAUUAACAACAACCAUCUCCACGGCCAUCAAAUUGAUGCUUCGGUUGGAACAAUCGAAACUUUGUUGUCUCCGUCAGAAGAGCACUGUAAAAAUUCGAAUCAUUUGGCGAAUUGCGUGAAUCCCAUGCAACCCUACCAAGGCAGGAAUCCUUGCCUGGAAAGGAAUCUGCUGAGUGGUUCCAGCGACAGUUUGUUAAUAGACAAAUCUUCCAAGCACUGCACAAACUCAGACUCGCAAAAUUUGAUCACCAACGACUAUCUCAACUUCCAAGUAAAUCACAGAGCCACCCCCAUUCCCUACCUCCAAAACGCGGUGCAUGGAGGUCCAAAGCAGCAAAACACAGUGAAAGAAACCCCAACAAAAGCGAAAUUUAAAUGGUACGGACUGAAAAAACUGUUUAACCACAAAAAAACGUCGGAUUCUUCAUGCUGCAAGGACACUCAAGUCAAGCUCAACACGAAACUCGUCAAUGGGUUCGGAAAAAAUGGCGUAACAACCUCAUUACUGCACGGCGCUAAAGAAGCGCCAAGACCCUCAACUCUGCCCCUGUCGGUGGCGAAACCCGCCCCCGACAGCACAAACAGCGGCGUGCAGCAAAUUUUGGGCCGCAACAAAAACAGUUUGUCGCGACAGCGGUCUCUGGAGCAGUUCAACGAAGUUUUUUCCUCCGCUAGCGACCUGUCAAGGUUGAAAGACCCCUCGACGAGGGUCAAGACCCCUGGAGACGUGCCCCCAUCCGUGAGGAGGACCAGGGGUAAAGCCGCAACAGAGUCGAGGUACUCUCUGUACGACGACAGCAUAAUGUGCAGGGGCCAGUGGGGCAGCGCUCCCGACUUGGAGCCCCCCGGCCCCCUAAAUCCCCCCCAAUUAAACGAUCUGCAAGACAGGGAGAGUGUCAGUAGUUUUUAGGCUAAAAUAUUAUUUUUUUCUACGUGAAAUCCGAACUUUAACCAAAGUUAAACAUAAACAAUAAAUAAUCAGUUUAUAUUAGUGCAAUUAUUAUAAUUAUAAUGAAGUGUGCGAUUGUAUACGUUAAAUUUUAUACAUUAGAUUGUAUUGGCAAUGUAUUUAUUUCACUGUACAAAUAAGCUAAUUACUACAGGGUGGAAAACUAAAUUAAUUAUUUAUUAUCCAUCUACAUUAGACUAGGCCAAAAAAAUCAACUAUUUUUUUUUGAAAAGU